GCUGGCAAAAGAAGAACAUUGUUCGGGCACAGCUAGCUGGGAAGCUUCGGUGAGAAUUUCCAUUGUGACCAAGGAUAUUGGAGUGGUCGGUUGUGGUCCGAAGUGGUUUUGAAUUGUGUUAGGUUUCCAUUAAAGUUUUAGCACGUUCUAUUAGUGUCCCGGGGGGAGACAUUUUCUGGGUGUAGUGCUGCGAGAUUAAAGGGGACGUUUCCGAGUGCUGGGUACCCAGUGCACUACUCGGUUUGUGCGUUUUGCCGAAUUAAUCUGCUGGCGUCGUCUCAGAAUAUUCCACGGUUCAUUGCCAAAAAACGCGGAGACACACGACUCGCAGGCGAAUUAUUUUUUAUAAAUAAAUAUUUUGAAUUUUUCCCCAAUAAUUUUUGUACUUGAGCGGCGGAAAACGUGUUCAGCCGGUCCGGCUGAGAGCAAUGUGGUUGGUACAUACAACGAAUGGCGAAUUAGAUUCUAUUUAAAAAGCAUCCAAUCUUUUAUGAAUGUUUGGUGCUCACACCAGCUCGCCAAGCGUGGAAGAUUGUUUACUUGGUUUCCAUUGAUAAAAAAUAAAUGAGUGGGGUUUGAGUGCACACUAGCCACCGGCUUUCCUGGAUUUGCGAUUGGGUGAAAGUAUUGAUAUUUCAUUAUAUCAAUUUGUGAUUAUUCAAUAAAUCGGUUACGUGCGAAGUGAGAAAAUUGUCUUUUGCAUGUCCGACACUAGAUCGAACCAGAGCCUAGUCAACAAUAGCCAGUUCUUGGGCACCUGAGUGCGACGCGGUUGAAAUAAAUGGACAAUGUCGGCGAAAGUGGAAAUAUGAAUUUUAUGAGUUCUAUUGUGAUUUUGAUGAAUCAGUGCUUAAAAAAGGAGGAUGACACACAAAUGAAGGAUUACACGGGAAGCGGAAAAAACUGCUGAUAACGUUUGAAGUAAUCGAUUUCGAGCCCCCACGGAUCAAGUCAGCAAUGCCGAUCAUAACUGAGUAAUCUCCGUAAAUCGUAUUAUGGGACGGCCUAAUAUAAUUUUUAGUACUUGAUUAGACUAGAUUUAGCCUUUUAUCUCGAAAUAGGAAAAGAGCGUAUGAGGGUUGUAUGUUAUCUUUUCCGGCGUCCGCUACCGUUAUUGAAUCUCGUGGUGGAAAAUGUAAUAGGGGCUGAAAUGUUGUGGAUGCGGUUGAAAUCCAAUCGCCAAUCGUCGGUCAUCGAAUUACUUGUAAAAAGCCGAAAUCGAUUAUUGGAUUAAGCGGUCUUAUGUGAAGGAGAGGUGUGGGAGUGAGUGGUCACCUAGUCAUCGAGCCAACUACAAUUCAGUAACACCUGGGCUUUCCUCCUCGGCCCGCUAUGGCGACGUAGGGAGACUAAGCGCUGAAAGUCACAACUAUUCAGAAACACGUAGAAAAUUCAACGCAUAAUUAGGUCCGGGGCUAAGUCGCCGUCUGCAUCGACAAAUCGUCUUCAAUAGUACGUGGGUACCCUCGUUGUGUGCAGCACAUAGAUAAUAGGAUUACGUGACGUAAUCGACGUCUUACGCCAUCUAUCGACCUCCAGGACAGACACAGAUACGGGUCUCCUCUUUGUUAUUGCCGCGCUUAUCGGUUUAAAGUUCGUUAUUACUGAAAUCGCUGUACGGCCAUUACGCGACCUCUAAUUGCAAUUCGUCGAUUUAACAAAUGCGCGAAAUGUUACGAAGUUGUGUUUGUUUUCGUAGAACCAAACGACGUAGCUCGAGUUUUGAAGAUUCAUCGUCGUGCCGCUCGUCGGAAAUUGAACGGGGCGGUAUUGGCGAUAUGACGCCGCACAGCGGCAGUUUGUUGAAGUUGUUCCGUUCGAAAGGUUGGUAUCGGCAGUGGCGCAAACCUGGACGUGGAUUAAGCAUGACGAAAAUCGAGAGAACUAUGAAAGCCGCCCUGUUGAUACAGAGAUGGUAUCGACGGUAUUUAGCUCGCAUGGAAGUCAGACGCCGGUAUACGUGGACGAUUUUUCAAAGCAUCGAGUAUGCUGGAGAACAGGACCAAGUUAGGCUAUACAAUUUCUUUAAUGCGCUUUUAACACACAUUCCCGAUGCUGCAGCGAGACCUUCUGAUUCCUUAGCGACAUCCAGAGCAUCCUCAAAUGAUCAUUUAGAUUCACGAUUCUCGGAUGAAUCCGAUGACUUGUCGGAUGAGGGUAUAUGCGGUCCAGAGCGAUCAUAUCGGGGUCCACAUUUAAAUUUUCCAUUACAGAAGAAGGAUAUAGAUACUUUAAUAGAUUUAUUUCGUAAGAAAAAGUAUAAUCGACUGCAUGCAAAAUAUGUAGCUGGUAUCUUAAGGGAAUCAACGACACGCUUGAGGCGACUUCCAAACUUGAACCAAGCAUCAACGGCGAUCUCAAAACAAGUAACAAUUUGUGGUGAUCUACAUGGAAAACUAGAUGACUUAUUAGUUGUAUUUCAUAAGAACGGACUUCCAUCACCCGAGAAUCCUUACAUUUUCAACGGCGAUUUCGUGGACCGAGGAAAGAAGGGACUAGAAGUGUUUCUGCUCCUGCUCUCAUGCUUUCUGGUUUUUCCCGGUGGCGUGUUCCUAAAUCGUGGCAAUCAUGAAGACACUGUGAUGAACGCACGCUAUGGUUUCAUUAGAGAGGUACAUCUGAAAUACAAGCGUAACGCCGAGCGAAUACUCAAACUGAUAGAGGAAGUGUAUCGAUGGCUUCCCCUCGGCACCAUAAUCAAUAAUCGAGUGCUGGUGGUGCACGGCGGGAUAUCGGACUCAACGGAUUUGGACUUAAUUAAAAGUCUGGAUCGAGGAAAGUAUGUCUCCAUACUUCGGCCCCCAAUUACAGAGAGUAGCGCUCCUGGUGCAGAAAUAAUCGACAAAGUAGAAUGGAAACAGGUGUUCGAUAUAAUGUGGAGUGAUCCAAGACAUACAGAUGGCUGUGAACCGAACAGUUUACGUGGCGCCGGAACCUAUUUCGGACCAGAUGUAACGCAAACCUUCCUUCAGAAAUACAAAUUACAAUAUCUGGUUCGUUCGCACGAAUGCAAACCGGAAGGUCAUGAACUUCAACAUAAUGGAAAGGUGAUAACCAUUUUCUCGGCCUCCAACUACUACGCAAUCGGUUCAAAUAAAGGUGCAUAUUUGAAAUUCAACCCUCAGCUGGAUCCACAUUUUGUACAAUACACGGCGGCUGCUUCGAAAACGAGAAAAUUAACAUUCCGGCAACGAGUUGGUCUGGUGGAGAGUUCCGCGCUAAGAGAACUAGGCGCUCGGUUGCGAGAGAAACGGCAGGAACUUGAGAAGGAGUUUGAAAUUCGAGAUCCGACGAAACAAGGGACGCUCUCCGUUUCGAAGUGGUGCGAAGCUAUGGAAGCUGCCACAACUCUUGGAUUACCAUGGCGCUUACUUCGUGAUAAAUUAGCACCGAUGGCGGAUACUACCCAGGGCAAUCCGAAUGAAGUGAAUUAUCGAAAGACGCUUGAAAUGUUGGACACGGAUUUAAUCAAAACCGCUCACGCAGGAAGUACUACGGUAGCUGAUUCACUUUACAAGAACAAGAGCAGCCUAGAAACCAUUUUCCGAAUACUGGAUAAGGACAAUUCAGGCUACAUUUCCCUGGAAGAAUUCAGCGAUGCGUGCAAUUUACUCCGAAAGCAUUUACCAGAACACGACACUCAAGAGCAACUGUUGGAAAUAUGCAAAAUGAUGGAUAUCAACAAGGACGGUUUGGUGGAUCUUAAUGAAUUUUUAGAGACAUUCCGACUAUGCGAACAGGCAAAAGGGAGUUUUGAAAAUGCAAUGACCGCAUCACCCAAACAAAAUGGCGAAAUAGUCGGUGGGACUGAGAAUGAAGACGCAACCAAAUCUCGAAUGGCGACAAAAAGCGUAACAUCAGAGGAGGAAGAUGAACUUGAUUACAACAACGACGACGACCAAAAGGAUUCUUAAAACCACAUAAAAAGAGGUCCAUCGUUUGGUUAACCUGGAACAAGCUUGAAGUUUUCUUUUCCUUGCAUGGUUUUAGUUGAAAGUGCUAUAACUUAACGAAAUCUUUUACUUCUAUCUCUCUUUCUAUUAUACUUACUCCGGAAGUUUUGAAAAAAGUUUGAAUCUUUUUAAAUUUAUACAUUUACAAGCAUGUACAAUGAAUUCAAUGAACGUUAGCUAAGUACAUACAUACAUAUAUGCUAAUUUUAUAUAUUCAAGUGAUUU